AGUGGCACGGACGAAAGCAGAGACGGGAUCAUUCGACUUCACACGAUAUCCGCACCACUUAUGGAAAUCAUCCUGAAGUUUAUCUACUAUGGCCGUGCACAGAUAAACAGUGUGGAAAACGCCAAAGGAUUAAUUGUUGCCGCGGAUUAUCUGCUUCUUCCAAGCCUGAGGAUCAUUUCUGAGCAAUGUUUAGAAAAAAGACUCUGCAUUUCCAACUGCAUUUCAAUCUUUUAUUUUGCUAAAGAGCAUCAUUGCAACGAAUUGGUUGCAAAAGUACACAGUUACGUUGAGUCAAAUUUCGCUAACGUUGCCCAGUCGAAAGAAUUUCUGGAUCUGUCAAGCCAAGAAAUUGAAAACUGGAUUUCAAGCGACGAAAUAGUUAUCAACAAUGAAGAAGAUAUUUUCAAGAUUAUAGUACAAUGGACUUCUCAGAACACAAGGCAUAGAAUGAGAGAAUUCAAAGAGUUAUUUCGUCACGUCAGACUUAUGUUUGUGUCGCGUGACUAUUUGUCCAGGUCUAUCGCCACAAACUCUCUUGUCAAAGAAGAUGCUAAGUGCUUAGAUUGUGUGACGCAGGCGCUAAGAUGGCUUGAAGGUAAAGUUGACUGUGAUUUUCCAUGGCAACAGUUACCAAGGAGGUCACUACAAUCACAUGCGAUAGUGGCCUGUAGACAGAUGAGAGUCUUGUGUCAUUGCCCAGGUGACGAUAAAUGGCAGAAAUUACCUGAUGUGCAAUCAGAGUCUGUAAAUCUGGUUUCGUGUCGGGGCAAACUUUUCGCAAUUGCCCAAGAAUUGAACGAUUCACAACGGUAUGAACCUCUUUUUAAUAAAUGGGUGCCAUUAACUACAACGGAAUGGCCCGUUAAGCCACAAGUAAGGACUGAUUUUCAUCGCAGACAAGAACAACAAGUAUUUGCAGUUCAUGGAGAGAUUUACGUCAUUGAGAGUGAUAAGAUCGGAUCUGGAACAAUUACCAGGAAAUACGACUUCGAUUCAAAUUCAUGGAAAUCUUUUGCAGCGUUUGACUUGGGCCAGAAGGACCAAGUUUGCAUUGUACCAGCCAAGCAACUUAUUUACGCUAUUGGUGGUCGAAAACGUGAACUUUCGAGCGCAGGAUAUGUUCAAAAGUUUGACAAUCUAUCUGACGUGGAAAGAUUUGAUAUCAAAGAGAACACUUGGGAAAAAUUGCAAGACAUACACGAGGCGAGACGCCGUGCCUUUGGUUCCGCUGUGCACGAUAAGAUUUUCAUCGCGGGCGGAAUUGGUUCGGACUGUAGUGUUUUGCGAUCUUGCGAGUUGUACAAAAUACCGCUAAACGAAUGGGAGGUUAUAGCCAGUCUGAACGUACCCCGAAUGUUGGGUAGUAUGGUGUGCCUGGCUGAAAAGUUGUACGUGUUGGGUGGACUGGGAGAACCCUGUACUUCCGAAAGCGACAAAUUCACCGUUGAAUCGUAUGAUGAAGAAAACGACGAAUGGAAGAAGACGACCACAAUGACCUUUGAGAAGAUUAGUGAGGGAUCAACUUUUAUCUCAGUGAGCGGUUGUUCCGUGCUACUCUUUAAUGGGGUUAUGAAUAACCUCAAUUAUGAUUCAUCUGUCGAGUCUUCUCAUGCAGCUAAAACAAAGUCCAGUGGUUCGCGCACAUGCUCUUUCAUGUAACCAGGACAUGACCUAUGAAGUGGGUGCAAACGGCAUCUCUGAUGGAUUUUUAAGCCAAAACAGCCAUAACUAACGUAAACAACAACAACAAACAUAGACCAUGCCCAUGGAAUAUCUCGUUUCCCAAUUCCCUUUCUUUCAUGAAAAUGAGUUGGACUGCGUUUACGUUUAAAUAAAUAAAACGAAAAAAAGGUGGGCAAAAGAAAUAUUGCAAAUCAACGAAUUAAAACUCUUAGCGAGUACAUUUAUUUUACGUGGAGCCACAAUCACUCCCAGUCUGCCAAAAGAUGUUCUAUUGUAUCAUUAGUAAUGAUGAUCAUGAAGCGUCUUUUUAAACUAAAGAACACCAGCAAAAUGGGAACAAGCAAUGAAUCAACAGUUUUUUUCACACUCGACUCGAUCGAAGUCAAUCCGCACCACCGGAAGUCAAGCCCCGUGAAAUAAUGAUAUGGGAACCUUCCUCGUUCUUAAAACUUGACAACAAACUUCAGUCGAUUCGUCUGAGGUACUUGACGAUACGACUCGAUUCACACGGAGUCGAUACGUACCACGUGACACUAAGACCUAUGAGAAAAUGGUCAUAAGAACCUUCCUCGUUCUUAAAACAUGACAACAAACUGAGUCGAUUCGUCUGAGGUACUUCACGAUUCGACUCGAUUCCUCGCGAAUGUUCUCCUGCAAAGUCGAAUUGCCUCACCGGAAGUCGAAUCACACGAUUCGUCGCGAAUCGUCUCCUGCAGAGUCGAGUCGUCUGAACGGUAGUCGACUCGCGGAGACAAUAACAAGGGUGUCAAACUGUUAACGACUCGACUCGAUUCGCACGAUUCGUCGCGAAUUGUCUCCUACAGAGUCAAAUCGUCUGAACGGAAGUAGGCAAUAACAGGAGUAUCAAAUUGUUAACGAUUUGACUCGGUUCGCACGUUUCGUCGCGAAUCGUCUUCUGCAAAUUCGAAUCGUCUGAACAGUCUCAAAUUAUAGAUCGUUUUCACUGUCACGCAAUAAAAAAAUAAAUCGAAAACCAU